CUGAAGAGUCUUCACCCCGCGUCACAUCCGCGCGCGUGGAUGCCUCGCGAUGCCGCGCGAUGUGCGCAAAGCAGCGCUUCGAAGGUGCGGAAUCUCAGAAACCUCGUGGACAACUUUUCGCCGAGCCUGGGGGGAAUCACCUCCGCCAUCCGAGCAAGCAGAGGCUGGCGGGAGGUUGCGGCACUGCUGGCGGUGCUGGAGGAUGUGGGCCUCAGAGCCGACACGGUGGUCUACAACGCUGCGAUGACUGCCUGCAACCGUGCUGGGCACUGGCAGCAGGCCUUAGCAUUGAUGGACACGUUGGAGACUCGCAGCUUGCAGGCGGACUUGAUCACUUUCAGCGUGGCCAUCGGCGCGAGUUCCAAGGCUACCCAGUGGCAAGUGGCACUUCAGCUGCUUUCCAGGCUUGAAAGAACCGGUAUGCGAGCAGACUUGUGGAUCUAUAGUGCAGCCAUUGGGGCAUGCGGAAGGGGGGAGCAGUGGUGGCAAGCAGUCGCCCUCCUAGCGAGGAUGCAGCAGGAGGAGUUGGAAGCAGAUGUAGUGGCUUAUAGCACAACCCUAAGCAGUUGUGCCAGUGCGCAUCAAUGGCAGCGAGCCUUAGGCUACAUGGCAGAAAUGAAGAAGGAAGGUUUGCAGCCUGAUGCGAUCGCCUACAAUUCGGCAAUGAACGCUGUGACGAAGGGGAAUCGCUGGGAACAGGUGCUGGGAUUGUUAGGGUCGCUUGAGUCGCAAGGUGUGCGAGCAGAUGGUUUUACCACAACAUCUGCCAUCAGCGCUACACAGAUCGCCAGCUGGCGCAGUGCGUUGCUUGUAGCUUUGCCUUCAAGCUUUUCCACGGAAUCGUUGAACUCUCUGCUGUCCUCCUGUGGCAGCACCCUUCGAUGGCAGCAAAGCUUAAGCAUUUUCGAGCUUUCGCGGCUUUGGCGCGUGCCUGCGGAUCAGAUCUCGGCCAACACGCUCACGGCCUGCCAAGCGCGGUGGCAGCAGUCGGCGUGGCUGCUGCAGUGGCUGGAGAGGGCGAAGCUGGAGCCGAAUGUGCGGGCCUACACUGCAGCAAGCACCGCAUCGGCAUUGGAUGAUACGAAGAGAGGAGUUUGGGCGCACUCCUUGCAACUGAUCGGAGCCGGCCGGCUUAGGGCCUCUGAAGAUUCAGUGCUGUGGACGAGCACCGCAAAAGCCUUGGAGACGGGGAACCGCUGGCAGCAAGGGCUUCAACUCCUCGAGUCCGAUUUCAACGAAGUGGAAGCGAGUGUGGCGGCGAUGAGCAGCUGGGGGAGAGGACAGCACUGGGAGGUCGUAUUGCGGCGCUUGAACGUCGGAACGAGUCACCUGAGCGCCUGGAAUGCCGGGAUCGCGGGCUGCGCCAGGGCCGAGCAGUGGCAAGUGGCACUGCAGCUGCUUUCCAGGCUUGAAGGGACCUGCAUGCGAGCAGACUUGUGGACCUACAGUGCAGCCAUCGGGGCGUGCGGAAGGGGGGAACAGUGGCGUCAAGCUGUCGCUCUCCUAGCGAGGAUGCGGCAGGAUAAAUUGGAAGCUGAUGUUGUGGCUUGCAGCGCAACCCUCAGCAGCUGUGCGAGUGCGCAUCAAUGGCAGCGAGCCUUAGGCUACAUGGAAGAAAUGACGAAGGAAGCCAUGGAAGCAGAUGUGAUCGCCUACAAUUCAGCGAUGAGCGCGCUGGUAAAGGGGAACCGCUGGCAACAAGCUUUACAGCUAUUUUCCGGUCUGAGUGCUGGUGAGGUAAGCCUGGACAAGGCGAGUUUUCAGCUACUCCUCGGGGAGUUUCUCAAGUGAGCGAAUGCAUUUUUGACCUCUUGCCAGCCUGCCGUCACAGCUGCUCAGUGACCCUAGGGCUUUUUCUUGUACAGACUCGUGGACUGGGGGGGGUUUUCCAAGUACGCUGUCUGUUCUUUUUGAGGG